UCCGCGGAAUUGGAAAUGGCUGGCGGGAAGGCCCAGAAGGACUCCGGAAAGGCCAAGACAAAGGUGGUUUCCCGCUCACAGAGGGCUGGCCUGCAGUUCCCCGUAGGCCACAUCCAUCAACACCUGAAGUCCAGGACGACCAGCCACGGGCGCGUGGGCGCCACGGCCGCCGUGUACAGCGUGGCCAUCCUGCAGUACCUCACGGUGGAGGCGCUUGAACUGGCAGGGAAUGCAUCCAAAGACCUAAAAGUAAAGCGCAUUACCCCUCGACACUUGCAGCUUGCCGUUCAUGGGGAUGAAGAAUUGGACUCGCUCGUCAGAGCUACAGUUGCGCGAGGUGGUGUCAUCCCACAUACCCACAAGUCUCUGAUUGGGAAGAAAGGACAACAGAAGCCUGUGUAAAGGAUGCCUGGAUUCCUUAUUAUCUCAGGACUCUAACAGUCUUUAAUAGCUGUCCCGUGUUGGUGAUUCCAGUGGACUGUAUCUCUGUGAAAAACACAAUUUUGCCUUUUUGUAAUUCUAUUUGAGCAAGGUGGAAGUUUAAUUAUCUUUCCAGCCAACCAAAUUUCUGCAUUCGAGUCUUAACCAUAUUUAAGUGUUACUGUGGCUUCAAAGAAGCUAUUGAUUCUGAAGUAGUGGGUUUUGAUUGAGUUGACUGUUUUUAAAACUGUUUGGAUUUUAAUUGUGAUGCAGAAGUUAUAGUAACAAACAUUUGGUUUUGUACAGACAUUAUUUCCACUCUGGUGGAUAAGUUCAAUAAAGGUCAUACUCCCCCUCC